AUGUGGCGGGCAUCCUUUGCUGCUGGGGUGUUGUUGUUGAAAAGGCUGUGGGCCAGCCAAGUGGGUGACGAGAGAGUGGCCACGUUCAUUGGUGCAAAGUUGGUUGCGUCUUGUUUGUCACAACAGCAGCAGCAGAAGACACAGCAGACAACACCAACAACCACAGCACAGCAACAGCCGCAGCAGCAGCAACAACAGCAACAACAGCAGCAGCAACCACAGCAUGCUUGCCACAAAGGGACGCCAGGGCCCAGAUGCGACGGGCGCCACCGUGCCUGCGCCCAAGGGACAACCAAGACACGCCACCGACACCGCAACGCCUACGACAUCCACAACAGCCAGGGCAACGAGCUCGACACCUGCGCAUGGCUCACCAUCAUCCUCAUCAUCGUCGUCCUCGCCUUUCGUGUCGGCCAGCAGGAGCCACCCACGCGCAGGGCUGAGGGUGCAGCCUGGCGCACCCGCGUCACAACUAUCAGCCACCUCGACCUCAACCUCAACUCGUGCUGGGUCAAUGGCACACCGGCCAUGCAGCUGUCAGCGGUCUCGCGCGCACAUGACGCCCACAUUAGUGUCAGCGACAAUGGCAGCCGCAAGGCAGGGAGCCAUGCUGAUGGCGGUGCCGGCGACAACAGCGACCAUGACGACCAUGGCAGUGAUGUGCCCGUGUUGCGAUCAGCGUUGAGCGCAUCUCGCCGUCGCCGCCGCGGCCAAUCGCUCUUCACCAUCAUGAGCGCCGUCGUCGCAGACCAAGACAGCGGCAACACCAGCGGCAGUGGCAGGCGUAUUCACAACGACGGCAUAACCGCUGAAGAUGAUGAUGGUGAUGAUGAUGAUGAUGAUGACAUCCAUGAUGAGAGGCGUGACACGGGGCGUGGCUGUGGCGAGAGCAAUGGCGUGGUCAAGGGCGGGUGUGAGGAUGAUCAGCAGAAGGCGAGCGUUGCCGACUUGAACGUGCCUGCAGGCACAGGUGGCGGCGGUGUUGGUCGUGCCGUUUCGCUGCGCCUGACGCGCCAUGCAUCGCUGUGUGGGCGCGCUCGCCGCAGCCACCACGGCAAGCAACAACACGCAGUGCACAUCACAGAGGCACUGCACAGCGGCAGUGACAAGGGCAGGGCGAUGAUGACAGACUCACAUGUCACCGUUGCAUCUGUGUCUGCCAUCACGAACCCAGCUGCGACAACGACAGCGGCAGCGGCAGGUGACUUGGCAAGCCAAAAGGCAAAGAAGACGCACAACAGCAGCAGCAGCAGUGGUGGUGGUGGUGUCAGUGGUGGCAGCGGCCUGUGGGUGGAUGCUGUGGCGCAGCUGUGCCUGCAAGCACGCAAAUCCACGCAAGGCGGCAAGGCGUCUGCCGCUGCAUCCAACAAGGACAGGCACCGCAACAAGCUCAACCUCACGCUCGGCGUCUCCACCAGCGAGAGCAAGAAGCAGCCACACGCCGCCUCAACUUCCUCAUCCUCAUCCACAUCAUCGUCAUCGUCAUCAUCAUCGUCAUCGCCACCGCCUCCAAUCUCGCCUUCGCUGAUGGAGGCGAUUAGCGCGUUUAAACGGCGACCGGAGUCCGUGUCCUCCGAGUCCUCCUGCCUGUCCUUUUCAUCCGGCUGCUACUCCCUUGCAUCCUCUUCCUCCUCCUCAGCGUCCUCGGCAGUAUCGUCACCGUCAUCGCAGUCUUCAACUUCGGCGCCAUCAUCACCACCGCCAGUGGCAACGACGACAGAGGCAGUUGUUGUUGCUGCGAGCUCACAGCAGCAACAGCUACAGCAGCAACAGCAGCAGGAGGAGGAGACGGUGACUGGCACAGAAGAGGGUGCACGGUGCGGGUCGAAUGCAUCGUCGUGGCUGUCGCACACGCGCAUGGCAGCACCUUCGCCAACCACCACCAUCACAGACAUCAGCAACGCCAGCAGCAGGGCAGGCACGGACAGGAGCUCCCGCAGUGGCGCAGAAGCGCUGCCUGCAAGCAACACGACCAGCCGUGCCAGCAGCACGAAGGUGGUGAAGGAGAGGAAGGCCAGCCCACGCGCCAACGUGUUUUCCUUCUUCGACUCUGCACUCCCUUCCCCCUCCACACACGCCGCCGCUAGCGACCAAAGCACGUUCUUCGCCAGCGACAGCACCAACAGCAGCACAGGCAGCAGCCGCAACAGCAAGGGCGCUGCUCACGCCAUGAUGAGCGGUAGCGGGUGGUCGUCGGUGCACGUGACAGUCGCGGAGGAGGUGGUGGACGAUGACUCCGAGAUUGGGCUGGACACGCCCGCCAUCAUGAUGCAAUCGCGCAAGAAGGGCGCCAGCGCCGCUGAGCAGACGGAGGGGGCAAUGACGUUCCUGGCCAUGUUGCAGCAGGAUUACCAGCGCCAGAAGCAGCAGCAGCAGCAGCAAAGCGGCAACUACUUGCAGAUUGCGGCGACACAGCAGCCCAAGCCCAGCAACAGCACCCAGGCGAAGCAGCCUGGCGAGCGCAGGCGGGCACGUGCAUCGUUUGGUGGCUUGACCAAACGCUCACGCAGCUCCACAAACAUGCAUGCAAGCAACCAUCAGCACUCCCGUCACUCUGGCGAUGCUGCUGCUGCUGUUGCUGCUGUUUGUAGCAGCAACAGCAGCAAUGAUCAUGGCGAUCGUGACAGCCGUGGCAAUGGCGGUGGUGGUGGUGGCAUGACGAGGAAGCUGAAGUUGCGGGCGUCAUUUGGCCUUCGCCUUCUCGUCAACCCGUUCAGGCGCACGCCAACCUCAACAACAACAACAUCAUCAUCAUCAUCAACAACAACAUCGUCACCAGCGCGGCAAGGCGGUGUGAUGGCAGAGGCUGGUGUCACCAAGACAGCACCACCCAUGCCCAACAGCAGCGGUAGCGGUGGCACGGUGGCCACCACGAAUGCAAACAGCGCCACCGCCGCGGUCGCCAAGCACAAGGACAGGCGCUCCAUGACGCAAUCGAUUGACAGCGGCCAUGUCACGUGCGCAAGCAGCAGUGACAGCAGCAGCAGCAGCGAUGAGGAGGAUGAGAGGACCGACAGGCUUGGUGCGCGAAGCAAAACACUGCCAUCCUCGUCCAUUGUUAGUGGUGGUGUGUCCGUGUGCGAUGCCAACAGCGACAGCAGCGGUGUGACGGUGAGCGACGCGCCCAGCAGCAGCGACGAUGGUGAUGAUGAUAACGAUGGUGCUGCUUUGGUGGGCGCAGGCAAGGCAGCACGCGCAGGUGUGCAUGCAGACACGGGCUACAACACGACGACCACGGCCGUGGAUGGUGGUGCCAGGAAGCGGCGGCCUCGUGGCCACAAGAAGGCGUUGCAGAGUCUUGGGCGUGCAUUGCGGGGACUGCGCCCACAACAGCGGACAGCAACUGCAACACAGCACCAGCAGCAGCGCCAGCAGCAGCUUGCCGCGGCAGAAACAACCGCAGGUGCAAGCAAGGAAGUGCAGGCUGCAUCACUGCAGGCGCUUCAACACUGCAGUGUCGUUGACAGCGACGAGGAACAGCGCGCAUGUGCCGUUGCCAAUGUCGCCACGGCAGCUGCUCGCCGUGAUGGCAGUGACGGGUUCAACAAUGCCGCCACCACCCACGACGACGAUGACGACGACCACGGCAGUGGCAAUGCCAAUGACGAUGGCAAUCAUCAUCAUGGUGAUGGUGAUAAUGAUGACGAUGCUGCUGCGACGGCAGCCGGUCUUCACCGCUUCCUCGAGCAGCAGCAGCAGCAGCAGCAGCAGCGUGCAAGCGCUCGCACCGACAGCAACGAUGACAACCAUGAUGGUGAUGUGAUCACCACCACUGCCACCACGACUGCCACUGGUGGUCACCGGAAUAGGCGCACUGCCAGUGUUCGCGAGCUGACAGCCAGGCACGCACAGCACGCAGCAGCAAGGAGCGGCUCCAAGCGGCUGCAUCGGCAGAGCACACAGCACCACGCACGCCACCACGCGCAGCGCCACCAUUCCCGCCAUGGUGAUGGUGAUGGGGAUGGUGAUGGUGUAGGGCAAAGUGACCCACGCUACCGCAACCUGCACUCCCGCCGCAGCCGCUACCACGAGGCGCACGUGAAGGCUCUGCGCAUGGCACCUGCCAAGUCCAUUCUGCGUCACAAUCCAAACAACAACAUGGGACAUGGGGCACCUUCCUCUGAUGACGACAGCAGUGCUGGUCGCAUGCUCACGACACUUCGCAAGCUGACGCGCAUGGGCUCCUCUGCCCCCAAACCAUCCAUCCACUUCUACGAGUUUGUUGAGGUUGCCAACACGUGGAAUGACGACCAGUACGACCGCAGCGGUCCCGCACCCUGGCUCUACCUCACCACCGCAGACAAGGUGUUUAUCAAGCGGGAGCUGAACUCCUUCAAGCAGCAUGAGAUGAAGGUGCACCCCGACAGUCGCUGCUUCACGCGCUUCCACGAGUGA